UUAAGUCUCACGUGUAGUUCAUUGUUUAAUGUGAUUUGUUUUAUGGUUUUUUGUGAAAUGGUGACUCUGAAGCUUCUGCUUUUGGCAGGACUGGUGGUCAGUGGCUUCUCCCAAGGACCUUCCGCCUCCCAGAAGGCGGAGAUAGCCAAACUGCGCAGCGAACUCAACAAAGCUCUGGAGGAAAACGAUGGAGCACAAGAAGGAGUGGUGGUGGCUCCUGCUUGGACCCAGCACGAUGGCGGACCUCCUCUUCCGAAGACAUCCCGAGUGGAGGUCAAUGAUGCCUCCCUGAGAAGUGCUGCUGCCUUGCGCCACGAGAUCCAGCAGGCUGUCCAGCACCAGGGACAAACGCAGGAGGUAGUCCAGCUUCAGGCGGAGCUCAAGGACAAAAGCCAGUCCCAGGCUGCAAAGCAGGAGGUACUGGGUGCCGCUGCCAAGGACGAAGAUGUCCAACCGAACGUUGUGGAAUCCAACUCCCAGUCGGACAUUGAUCUGGAGCAACUGCAGCGCCUGGAGCUGUCCAAGCGGAGGACAAGGGACAUGCUGGUACUCAGCAGGAUCGAGGAGUUGUUCAACGUCUCGCUGCCCUCCAAUGUGGAUCGCUGGCUGACUUUGCAGACGAAUGGAAGUGGUUACAUCAUCGGACAGCAGAUAGGAGCAGGUUUCCUGGUCCUCUCCAAGAACUUUGAGCUUCUCCAGAGCUAUGUGUUCCCGGGAAACGUUACCUCUCUGCUGGGUCUUGAGCGGUGGAGCCCCAAGAAGCACAUCCAGGAGGGAAUUUUGGUUAUAAGUUCUCAGGAUCAACUCUUCUGGCUGCUUCUGGAGCCUGGUAAGGGUCUCAUCCCCUUCUGGCAAUGGCCUUUGGGAGCAGAGGUCACCAAGAUAAGCUCCUUCAACCUGGAUGGCAGGGACUACCUGGCCCUGGUGGGCAACCGCAUCCUCAGCAUCUAUGCCUUCGAUCUGGAGACGCAGGAGUUCUGGAUCGCCCAGCGAUUGCAGCUCGCGGAUGUUAUCUCAGAUCUGUCUAUCCUGGAUGCUGGAAGGGAGCUCCUCCUGGCUGUUGGCCAGACCAAUGAGACCCUGAUCUAUGCCUGGAGAGGAUCGGGUGGGGAGCUGCGCCAGCGGGUGGAUUCUCCGCAGGUGACUGGCAUCACAGCUUUUCAAAUGGGCGGUCGAAGUUAUUUGGCAUUGGGCGGCCAGAAGCCACGUAUCCUGGUCUACCUGCAGGGCCAGCUGUUCCCUCGCACCAUUCUUGGCCAGAACUUUGGUUUUGUGGAGAAGUUUCUGCCUGUUCCCGUGCGCAGCUAUCGCGACGAUCUUCUCCUGCUCGUCCAGCAUCGAGUUUUCUUCGAGCCACACUCCCUCCUGGUCUUGGAGGUUCUGGUUUGGAAUGGCGAGGCCUUCGAGGCCGGUCUUCCGCCGCCAUGUGGCGCCACCUAUGGGGCCAACUGUCUGCUGGAUCAGCUCCAGGACAUUGGUGUUCAGGGAGCUGCUCUCCUCCGGCAACUGGACCAGCCGCCCUUGGUGUUGGUGCCCAGAAAUCAGGCCCCCUCGAGCCUCUUUCGGCUGGAAACCCAACUGCUGGCCAGGAACUCAGAGACCCAGGACCUCCAGGAGAUCCACCAGUAUAUGCAGGAGUGGGUGGGGGAACAGGACAAGCUGCUCCUCCUGGCCGAGCAGCUGAAUGUGGAGGAUCAGAUGAUUUACGACGAAGUUGCCGCAAAUCUCGUCGUCAGCGCAGGGGGCUCCAUCGAGGAGCUCCUGGUGAACGAGGUGGCCUGGACGGGAGCCGAUGCCAUGCUGGACAUGAACGAUCUGCUCCAGCAGAUCCGCAUACUGGAGGAGGAGUUGACUCCGCUGCGACGGUCCAAGAGGCAGGCGAAUCCCUUGUACGAUUUUCAUUACGAGCACUUGGAAGUGGAUGCCAUUGAAGCGGAGGACCUUGUGGUGGAGCACCUGAACCACAUGCCCAUGUUUAUACAGAACUCCACUCUGAAGCUACCACCAGAAGGAAGACUGAAUGUCCAACGCCUGGAGGUCCUGGAGGCUCCCAGGGAGGAGGAACCUUCUCCGGCCCUUGGCAACGAAACACAUGACACUUUGAAGCUCACUGGGGACCUGGAGUUCAGCUCCAUCAAUGGCCUGGAGUGGAGGCAGCUGCUCCAGGAUUUGGUUUGGAGGAAUGAGCCUCUAAGCCUCAACCAACUCAGUGUGGAGGGACCGGUAAUUAUCGAGGAUACUCUGCAAGUCUCCAAGCUGAACGACUUGAGCUUCCCCGGGGACUACCUGUGGUCUCAGGGGAAUGAGACCAGUGUGGUCCAGGCCCCCAAGGAGUUCAUCCAAACCUUGUCCGCCAAUGUCGUGGAUACUUCGGGAAGCAUCAAUGGCAAGAAUCCCUUGGACGCUAUUACCCUGAAUGAUGCCCAGGAUUGGUCUGGUUGGGUUACCUUUUCGCACCUGGAAGUGACUGAGCAGUUGGAGCUCAAUGGAACCGCCCAGGGUCGCCAGUUUGAGGAGGCUCCUCUGAAUCCCACGCUCCUGGAGGCCAAUGUCCUCCACGCCGACUGCCACUUUGAUCAGCUCCUGGUCGAAGGAUCACUGCGUUUGCUGGGCAAACUGGAAAACGAUACCUUCGACUCUCUGCUGGGGGAUCUUGUCCAGCGUACGUCGGACGCCAACGAAGAAAUCCAGGUGGACGGAGCCAAGCGAGUGGAUCAUCUAGUUCUUCCCGUGGACUCACAUGUCCUGGACGGUCGACUCAGUGGCCUGCCUCUGGAUCGCUUUGUGACCAAGCACUCUGCCCAGACCUUGCCGAAUCUCACCCAGAUCUAUGGCUAUGUCUACUUCCAUCAGCUGGAACUGGCCAAGGGUUCUACCUACGAUGGAGUGGAUCUGGAGAAGCUUUUGGCGGAGAGUAUCCGCUUGGAUGGUAGUUCUCCACUCUCCAGCAGUCCUCGGACUCGACUUCGCUUCGAAUCGCAUCCAGAGCUAACUGGGCUUUAUGUGAACCACUCCCUGAACCAAAUCCCCUUGUCCAGUGGCUAUCAGCUGCUCCACGAGUCCCUCCAUCUGAUGGCGGGAAACUUUACUCACCUGGCGGCGGAGCAGGCUCAGGUCAACAAGGACAUCACUGGCCAAGGACUCUUGAAUGGCAAAAAUCUGGAGAAUCUGUUGAAGGAGGAACCGCGCACCUGGUCGGGCGACGUGCAUGUCCAGGAACUGUUGCUCCCCCAAGGCGUCCAGGCCAAGGAGCUUCAGGGCAUCAAAGCCGAUCUCCUGCUGGACUUCCUCCAGCAACUGGACGACUUGCCGCUGCUGAUCCUGCAAGGAAAACUCCAAGUGGAUCGCAUGGCAGUCACCGGAGGAUCUGUGAUGGUGGAGCAGAGCCUCAAUGGCCGGGAGUGGGCGGAGCUGCAGCGCCAGGUGGUGUGGCUGGACAGGCCCAAUGAGUUACGCACUCGCUGGACACUCCAGGAUGCCCCGGAUCUGCAGGGAAAUCUGCACAUUCUGGGCAGUUUCAAUGACCGAUUGCUGCCGGAGCUGCUGGAUGACAUAGUCUUCCGGCCGGAGAACAGCCAGGAGGAAGUCCUCAUCGAGGGAACCAAAAGUUUCCGAGCACCGAUUCAAGCCGAUAGCCUCCAGCUGGCGGCGUUGAAUGGCGUUCCUUUCGAGCAGCUGGCCACCAGGGAACAGAAGCCGCUGAUCCUCACGGGAAAUGUUCAGCUACAGGGACGUCUCUUUGUGGAAGAUCUGCGGCUUCAGGGAGAUCAAAACGAGUCCUUCCAGGAGUUGGAGACUCUUCUUCGGUGGGAUCCCGUCCAGCAGAACUUCAUCCAGAGGGGAGUCGUUCAAAUACCCGGCAAUGUUAGUCUGGAUGGGCUCACGGUGAUGGGCCACCUGGGCAACCUAAGCCGGGAGCCGCUGGAGGAGCUCUUCGGGCAACUAAUCUUCAAGCAGCAGCCCAGGAUUCAGCUCCAGGGUCACAAGACCUUUACAGGACGCGUUCGCAUCGAGGAUGGAGGCUUUGUGGGGAAACUGAAUGGCUUGGAUGUGGAGCAGUUGCUGUCCCAGCUCAUCUUUGUGGAUGGGGACAAGGAGGAGGUGACUGUGGAGACGCCCCUGGUAUUUGAGGCUCCAGUACAGAUGGAAUCCCUGACGGCGGAACGUCUAGUGCUCGAAGGCCAGCUCCUGAAUGGCUGCAACGUGACCGAGUGGCUGUUGGAUACGGUUCGAGUGGAUCGAGACUGGCAGGGAUCGGGAGUAACCUUCUCUAGAGGAUCUCUGGAUGGCAAUAGCUUGGAAGUGGAGCAUCUGAACGACCUCGAUCUCUCCCAGGUGGUGACUCUCCACACAGAACAGGAACUCACUGAGCCCCUGAACGCCGAUGAGGUUAUCCUAAAGGAUGGGCAUCUGAGUGUCCAGGGUUCUGUCAAUGGACGCAAUCUCUCCGAGGAUUAUGAGAAUACUUUGAUGACCAAUCCCCUGAAGCCCCAACAAGUGGACACACCACUCUUCCUGUCCGGCAUAAAUGUGAGCGGAUCUCUGGAGACCACAGCUCCCAUUAAGGGCAUCAACCUGAGCGAUGUGGCCACCUUGGACGGCCCAGAACCCCUCCUACUCCAAUCACCCCUCUACUUUGCCCAGCUCCAUGCCCCUUCCCUGAAGGCAGGGCAUCCUUUGAACGGCUUCCAGUUCGGGGACUGGCACCAGAGGAGUCUCUGGGCGAGGGGCAGGGAUCAGCAGGAGAUCACGGGCAGUUGGAGGGUCAACAAGCUCCGCGUGAAGCAGCCGGAGGUGGACGGGCAGCGACUGCGCCGGCAAACCGUCGAGGAAAGCUAUUGGAACCUCUGCCAGCAGCUGGCCAGGAUCCUUCAGUUGCCCUACCAAGUCCAAAAGCUACAAACAACCUUCACGCUGAAGCAGCUCCCGGAUCAGGAGGCAGUGCGUCGGGUUUUCGCCGUGCCGGCUGAUGAAAACACCUUUUAUCUUUUGGUGAACGAACUGGGAUGCUGGACAAGGAUCUAUCGAUGGAACGGCGGUGGCUUCCAGGCAGCCGGAGCCUUCGAAGGCGGCCCCAUCGACGAAGUGGUGGCUCUUCGGGUGGGUAACCAGAGCUCCAGCAAGGAGUUCACUUUCAUGACCAGCCACGACAUGGCGGAGGACGAGGACGAGGCCAGCUGGAAUUGCUCCAAUUUCCACUCCACGCUGGUGAGUUGGCGGAGGAGCGAGAGCCAGGACACCACGGAGCAGAUGGACAUUCCCACGGCCACCCUGAGGAGUCUGAAGGACGAGCAGGAGAAGCUCCGGAAGAGUCCCUCCCUGGGGAAUCCCAACUACCAGCAGGCCCUUCGAUAUCUUCAGCGACCUGUCAUUGAAUCCCAACUGGGGGAAGAGUGGCAGCUGAGCCGGGAAAAGGAUCUGGAUCCUGAGGAGGUUCUACGGAUAAGGAACCGCCUCCUAGACACCUUGCAACGGCAGCUCCAGACAGAGGUGAACAUCAUCCAGUUGAGCAUUCCGGAGAGCGAUCUCUACGACGAGCACCUGAUGGAGGACUUCCUGGAGCUGAUCCAGCAGCUGGAACACCUCCACAUGGACACCCUACCACUGCCGGAUACUCCUUCGAAAGUGUUGGCUGCCCGGAGUGCUCAGCUCAUCUUCCCGGUGUGCCAGGAGUUCCGGGGCAUGGCCCAAAACGGAGCAGCUCUGCAGGAGCACGAGGCAGCAGUCCUGGAGCAGGCUCUGGUGGAUGUCCUGACCCUGGCCAAUCAUAAUUGUGGCUCUCCCGAGGACGAGAAACUGCACGCGGUGAUUGAGAGACUCAGGAAGUUGCAGGACGAUCUCCAGACUGACGUGCCAGAUCUGGAGGAGGCCGCCUCGCAGCAGGAGGAGCUCUUCUUGCCCCUCAACUGGAGGCCUGUGCAGACCCUGCGUCUCACCGUCGGUCCCGACUACCGUCCCAAGGUCCUGUACGCCCGGUUGACCCACCUCGCCGACCCGGAAGGGCCUCCGCCCACCACUCCCUCCUCGGCGCCGGCGGCUCACAUCCAGAUCCACCACGUCAACGGCUCCCUCUUCCAGUCCCUGGCCGGGGAGAGGGGAGCCCGUCACCUGGCCACCUUGCGGGUGCGGGACGAGACGCUGUUGGCCUUUGUCGAGGGCUGCUGCAGGAUACGGGUGCUGAUCUAUCGUGGAGUCCAGGGAUUCGUCCCAUUUGCAGUGUUUCGUGCUCCCCGGCAGGGUUCUGGCCAGGAGGAUGAGGUCCUCCAGCUGCUGACGAUGCGAUUGCCUCUCAGGAGGGCUCCAGGAGCCAUGUACAGCCUGGCAGUGGUCCAGUCGCGAAGGAUCACGUUUUACGAACUGGUUGUGGCAGGACUUCUAGAGCCUUGGAUCAAGUGUUGAGAGGAUUUCUUUCCAUUCUUUUUUGUUAAUUUUUUGUUAAUUAUGUAUCUCUGUUAAUUGUUAAUGAAUUAAUUAAUUAAUUAAUUAGUUAAGUAACU